CGAUCUAUCUACUGCUGUACCCUGUACCCCUGUGAGCAGAACUUUCCUAAACACAAAAGAUGGCUUCCACCAGUAAAAAAUUAGAAGAUUGCGAAGUAUGCGGCACGACGAAAGCUAAAUACACGUGUCCAAAGUGCGAGGUUAGAACGUGUUCCCUCAUAUGUGUAAAUCGACAUAAGAAGGAAUUGGAUUGUGAUGGGAUCCGAGAUAAAACCAAGUUUAUCCCUUUAGCAUCAUUUGCAGAUUUAGAUUUGCUAAGCGAUUAUCGUUUUCUUGAGCAAGCUAGUAGAUUAAUUGAUACAAAGAAACGAAAUCCAGAGAGGAGAUACAUACGUCCAAUUAAUUUACCAGUGCACUUACAUAAACUGAGAUGCGCUGCAUCAUGUAGAAAAGUAUCACUAUUAUUCAUGCCACAAAUCUUUAAUCGACACAAGGAGAACACCACAUUUCUCAAUUGGAAGACCAAUGAAUUAUUCUGGCGAAUAGAAUGGAUUUUUCCACAAGCUCAAAAUAUAAAAUGGAUUAUGAAAAGAGCUUUGGAUAAUACAAGAUUAUCGACACUUGUGGAACAAGUUUUAGAUCCAGUCUCUUUAGAAGAUGAGAGUGAUAUUGAAAAAUUAAAUAUACAAUUAGCUUUAGCUGAUAAAUUACAAUUUUAUAGAGCAGCUGGAUUAACUAGUAUCAAAGUUCUCUUAAAAGCUGAGAAAGUAAAGAAAGCACAUUCUAAAUUUUAUGAGUUAGAUCUCACACUUACAUUAAAAGAAAAUUUGGAAAAUAAAACCAUAGUGGAAUUUCCAACAUUUUAUGUCAUUAUGAAAGAUCAUUCUGAUAUGUAUGAGAUUAUAGACACUGAUGAGGAAACAAGUGAUACAGAAUGUAAAAAUCCGGGAGAAAGAAAACGAAGAAAAAAUGAAUUUGACAAAAAAGAAAAUCAGCCAGUGAAUUAUUUUUUCAAUGAUUUUUCGGAAUCUGAUGAAGAAAAAUUGGAUAACAAAUCACAAGGAAAGAAACGUGUACCUGAUUUGAAUAUACCUAAUUAUGAAGAAUUAUAGGUGUAUAAAUUGAUAUCUAUAGAAUAUAAGAAAUAUUUAUAUACAUAUAUGAUCUUUAUUGUAAAUAUAUCUUUCACCAUAAUAGUUUUGAUAUAAUUAAAACACAUAGAAACGUGAAUGAUCGCGAUUAUAAUACAUUUUUUUAAUUGAUUCCUUUCCCAAUAAUAAUAUAUAUAUCUGCACAUCAUCCAAGAAUAUUAGUGUAGUCAAUAGUAAAUAU